AUGCCGAACACGAGGCGACCCACAAUGAAGAAAGAUUAUUCCGAUCAAUUGAAGGGUGAAGAUUCCGAACACGAGGCGGCCCACAAUGAAGAAAGGGUGCAGAUGCCGAACACGAGGCAGCCCACAAUGAAGAAAGGUACAUAUGACAAAUACCCUAUCAUCAAUGCAACUGCAAGAGUAAGAGCCAUUAGUAAUAACAAAAUGUCAAACACGAGGCGGCCCACAACGAAGAAAGGUAAAUAUGACAGAUACUCUUUCAUCAAUGCAACUGAAAAAAUGUCGAACACGAGGCAGCCAACAAUGAAGAAAGGUAAAUAUGCCAGAUACUCUAUCAUCAAUGCAACUGCAAGAAUGUCGAACACGAAGUGGCCCACAAUGAAGAAAUGUAAAUAUGACAGAUACCCUCUCAUCAAUGUAACUGCAAGAAUGUCGAACACGAAGCGGCCCACAAUGAAAAAAGAUUACUCGGAUCAGUUGAAGGGUGCAGAUGCCGAACACGAGGCGGCCCACAAUGAAGAAAGGGUGCAAAUGCCGAACACGAGGCGGCCCAUAAUGAAGAAAGGUAAAUAUGAUAGAAACCCUAUUAUCAAUGCAACUGCAAGAAUUACUCGGAUCAGUUCAAGGGUGCAGAUGCCGAACACGAGGCGGCUCACAAUGAAGAAAGAUUACUCGGAUCAGUUGAAGGGUGCAGAUGUCGAACACAUGGUGGCCCACAAUGAAGAAAGGGUGCAGAUGUCGAACACGACGCAGCCCACAUUGAAGAAAGAUUACUUGGAUCAGUUGAAAGGUGCAAAUGUCGAACACGAGGCAGCCCACAAUGAUGAAAGAUUACUCGGAUCAGUUAAAGGGUGCAGAUGUCGAACACGAGAUGGCCCGCAAUGA